AUGAGCCUCUCUCCAACCACUUUAUUACUGCAAGAUCUUAUUAGCGCACCCAAUAAGGCAGAAUCCAUUCUGGAAGGCCUUACAGCUGAUCAAAUUGCUAUGAUUGAAAAUACCAUUAGUCGAGUCAAGAGAAGAAAAAUGGACAAACAACCCAAAGAAGAAAACUCCUCGGCAACUGUGAUUGCUAAUGCCUUGGCUGCUGCUAUGGUUUCAGCUGCUUUGCAAGCAUCUCAUUCUACAACCAAGAACAAUGCAUCUGGAACAGUUGCUCCUUCAAAGACAGUCACUGCACCUGUCAAUGCACCUGUCACAUCAAACGAACCUAUUGCAGAGAUCAAAGAUGGCAUCGAAUGGGUCUCUUUUGUCUACUCUCAUAAUCGUACACUCAAGCGUUAUUCGAUUAGGACAGAUAUCCAAACUGUAGCAUUGGAUGUCGUGGACGAUAAAUUUAAGGCCGAUAAUUGUGUAUAUCCUCGUGCUAACCUUCCAAAGGAAACCUACAAAGGCAACAGAUGGUCUUAUGAGACAGAGUGUAAUGAUUUGGGAUGGAAGCUUGCAUGGCUUAAUCAGUCAGAAAUUGCUGGUAAACGAGGUCUGAUUCAACGCGCGGUAGAUUCAUACCGUAAUCGUUAUCCUAAUAUGAGAUCAAGACGCGUUGCUCGUCAAGAAAAACUAUUGAAUGGCACACUUCGUAAACGAAAGAACAGAGAUGAUGAGGAUGAGACAUCCAAUAGUACUUCUGUAGCACCCACACCAGUCACUGCUACAUCCACUGUUCCUCAGCCUUUCCCUACGAGUCUGGAAGCUGCUAUUGUCAAGCCUGCUCACCAGCCAAAGACAAUUGCUAUUGAUGAUCCUAUCAACAACACACGCUAUCGUAUCAAGAUUAACAUUGAGGCAGUCUCCUUGGAUGAAAUUCCUGAUGAGUUUCGCAAGCAAAACUGUGCAUUCCCUAAAGCAGUAAGCGUUGACCCUGAGCACUAUGUUGGUGGUCGUACAAGAUGGUUGGAAGAUUCGAUGAUAAAUGAACUUGGUUGGAAGUUGGCUUAUUUAAAUCCUCGAGUGCUGUCAGGAAAAAAAAACUUUCUUCAACGUGCAUUGGAUGUCUACCGUACCAAGUUUAUGCCUUUGCUUCAUCCUCGCAAGAACUCUUCGCGCACACCAACUAAUAGAAUGAUUACUACACCAACAGAUACAAUUGAACAAGAUCAACUGUUAAAGAUAAUGCCGCCUUCCAUCACUCCUUGUCUUGAUUUUGGCAGUUGCUUUUCGCUGGACGAUAAAGCACCCAAGAUGAAAAUUGCUCUUAAUUCUUCGCCAUUGAGUGAUUUGCCUUGUAAAGCAAAUCAAGAUCCAAUGAUUUCACCUUCUUAUGACACCAUGUAUUCUGAUGCUCGCCUCUCUCCUUUUGACGAGUCCAAUAGCCAUUCCUCUUCCUCUGCCAACAGUGUUGUCUGUACGCCUAGUCCACCUGCUACUGCAGGUAUUUUUGGUUUUGCCGAUUCUGAUCUUUAUGACUCGUUCAUGCUGCCACCUGUGAAUGACAGCUUUAUGCUGCUCGAUAAUAACGAUAUGAAACCUUAUGAUCCUCUUAUGUCUCCCUCUCUUCCUUCAACUGCAGCCAGCCAAGACUUGAUCAAGCUCGAAGAAGAUUUUCACGAUAAUUUCAAUAAUGCUUCUCAUUUAUUAGAUCCCCUUUUCUAA